AUGUCCUUCCUGGUUACAUCCGUCGUCACCCUUCUCGCCGUCGUCGCUACGUUGCUCGUAGCGCCAAAAGUGGCGGGAUAUGCUCUGAGUUAUGUGCUCCGUGCCGUCGGGUGGUCCAUCAAGAACAAAACGAAAGCGAGGAGAGAGCAGAUCCUUUCCCGCGCGUGCAUCGAGGAGGAGGAAUUGCGAUCCAAACAGGCCAAGUCAUCGUCCGGAGCGACGACGGAGGAUGAAGAUUGGGAGAAGGUCGACAACUCUGUGCCAGGAAUCGCGGGCAAUGGGGAGCCUUUGGGAGAUGACUGGGAGGGAAUCAUUGGCUUCUUCCACCCAUUUUGCAACGCCGGAGGCGGCGGAGAACGUGUGCUUUGGGCUGCCGUAAAGGCAACACAGAUGCGCUGGCCAAAGGCUAUCUGUGCAAUCUACACGGGCGAUCAGGAGGUCACCAAGGCUGCGAUGCUCGAGAGAGUCGAGACUCGAUUCAACAUCCGACUUCACGCUCCAAAGGUGGUCUUACUCUACCUGUCUACGCGGAAAUACGUCCUAAGCAGCAUGUACCCGUAUAUGACGCUCCUAGGCCAGUCGUUAGGCUCUCUUAUCGUUGCGUAUGACGCGUUCAAUCUUCUCGCUCCUGAUAUAUACAUCGAUACCAUGGGCUAUGCUUUUACCAUCGCAUUGUCGAAAUACCUGUUUCCAUCGGUUCCUACGGGAGCCUAUGUACAUUACCCGACCAUCUCGACGGACAUGUUAGUCUCUCUUGAUGACGAUACUGGCCUCAAGGGAUUAAAUGCUGGCGCGGGCAAGGGAUGGAAAGGCGCCGCGAAAAAGAGAUACUGGCAAUGGUUUGCCCGGCUGUACGGCUGGGUCGGGGGCAAGACCGAUGUGGUCAUGUGCAAUUCGUCCUGGACGUCGGCACACAUCAAAUCGCUCUGGGGCCCGGCGCGACAAAAGGCCGAAUACAAAGAGCCCACCGUCGUCUUCCCGCCGACGGCAGUGUCGGAGCUCGAAUCGUCUAUUGAAGUGUCUAGCGCCAGCGAGCGGAAUCGGGAGCCCAGCAUUCUCUACAUCGCACAGUUCCGACCAGAGAAGAAUCACGCCCUGAUUCUUCGCGCGUUCGCGCGCUUUCUCAGCAACAGAAGCAAAAACCCGGCGUCCGCAUCGCGGCCUACGCCCAAACUCAUCCUUAUCGGGUCGGUGCGGCAUUCCAGUCCGGACGAGACGCACAUUUACAAUCUCCGCCUGCUGGCCCACGAACUGCGCAUCCGAGACCACACCACCUUCCUCUGCGACGCCAGCUGGCCGACGAUCUUAUCACACCUGCGCACCGCAUCGAUCGGGACGAACGCGAUGUGGAACGAGCACUUCGGCAUCUGCGUGGUAGAGUACCAAGCAGCGGGGCUGAUCAGCGUCGUGCACGACUCGGGCGGACCACGCGAGGACAUCGUCGUGGACAUAGACGACGACAGCGGCAGCGGCGCCACAGGGUUCCGCGCGACGACGGAGGAAGAAUUCGCCGCAGCGUUCGAAGCGGCGCUGGCGCUGCCCGAGGAGGAGAAAGUCGCGAUGCGGCUUCGCGCGAGGAAAUCCGCCCUCCGGUUCACCGAGGAGGAGUUUGCGCGCAAAUGGAUCGUUGAGGUCGAGAAGCUUGUCGCGAUGCGGCGGCGGCGGCGGCGGCGGCGGUAG